UUAAUGGACUAAUUCUUCCAUUGUUUCCAAUGAACAAAUGAUCGCUUUCCCCUUUCUCGCGGGGAUGGGGGAGCGCACGACGCGCAAGGUAACCAGGAAAUCCCGUCUGUAACCGUCUUCCGGGUCAGUGGGAAUGACUUCCAGCAGCAGGGUUCCCGCACCUGUCAUUUCCGAACUCAAACUCCUUUUCCCCGCCAAUGGAUGGAACGCCGCGUCGAGCGCCCAUUCGUGAUUCCGGAACGAGGGCCGGUGGUCGCUCCUGCGGUUUCCCCGGCGCUGCGCACGAUGUCGAGCGGCGUGUGAUCUCGUACAGAGAAAGAGGCUGUCGUGGGAGGAGCGCGCCCGUGCUUGGGGGCCCGCAGGGAAUGCCUUGUCUAAAGAGCGGGGUUCUCGCCUGCUUCCCUCUGUCCGGGGCCGCCUAGCGAGCCAGCCUCCCCCGUCGCCUCGGGCCCGGGCACUCUAGAGCCUUGUCGGCACUCUAGAGCGAGCGGACGGAGGGGGGCGGGUCCGCUGGCUCCCCAGGAAGGGCGGAGAGCGAGCGAGCGAGAGAAGGAAGGAGACGCAGGGCCUGGCUUCUCGCUAUCGGCUCCCCCGCCGUUGUUUACAUCCGCCAUCGCCGCUGCCUCUCUUGCGCUGUAGACUUCCCGGCCUCUCGGCCGCUGCCCGCUUCUUUGACGCUUCCCCCCAGGCAGGGUCAAUGCGGCGCCUUCCGCCGGCCGGGCCAUGGACACCAGCGACCUCUUUACCAGCUGCAAGAAGGGCGACGUCUGCCGAGUGCGGUACCUUCUUGAACAGAGAGAUGUUGAAAUCAAUGUCCGGGAUAAAUGGGACAGUACCCCUUUGUAUUACGCUUGUCUCUGUGGACAUGAGGAGCUUGUACAGUACCUUCUAGCCAGUGGUGCGAAAUGUGAAGCAAACACCUUUGAUGGCGAGCGCUGUUUAUAUGGGGCCUUGAGUGAUGCUAUCCGGCGAGUGUUGAAGGAGUACAAGCAAAUUACAGCCAAGUGCAUGAAGAGAGAUUACUACGAUGUCUUCCUUCAACGACUUCUGGAGCAGGGUUACCAAAGUGACAUUGUCUUUAUUGUCCAUGGGAAGUCUUUCUGUGCCCAUCGCUGCAUACUUGGUGCCCGGAGUGCAUACUUUGCAGAAAUGUUUGAGACCAAGUGGAAGGGGAAGAAUGUCAUAGCACUAAAGCACCCACUGAUUAACCCAGCUGCCUUUGGCUCCCUUCUGCAGUACCUCUAUACAGGCCGUCUAGACACUGAUGUAGAAUAUGUGAGUGACUGCAAAAGACUGGCUAAGCAAUGUCGUCUCCAGAAUCUCAUUGAAGAUUUGGAAACCAAGUGUAAAAAGGUGUAUGAAUUUGUUUCUUCCAAGCCAGGGACCUGUGUGAAGGUGCUGACGAUUGAGCCCCCAGGUAACUCACGGCUGCAGGAAGACCUGGCUUUACUAGCAGACUGCGCCCUGCCAGCUGAACUCAGGGUGGGUUUUGGAGAGUUGCCUUUUGACAACACUGAUAGCUUCAACAGCUGUCCUGAUGUGUGUUUCCGCGUGGCAGACUACAAUUUCCUGUGCCACAAGGCUUUUUUCUGUGGCCGCAGUGACUACUUCAAAGCCCUCCUGGAGGAUCACUUCUCUGAAAGUGAGGAGCUGCAAACUCAGCCCAGCAUCCCCGUUGUGACACUUCAUAACAUUUCAGAAGAGAUCUUUAUCCAAGUCCUCUAUUACAUCUACAGUGAUGACACAGAGCUGUCUCCCGAGAAUGCCUAUGAUGUGCUUUGUGUCGCAGACAUGUACCUGUUACCUGGGCUCAAACGACUCUGUGGGAAGACUUUGGCCCAGGUUCUUGAUGAAGACAAUGUAGUCAGCAUCUGGAAGGUUGCAAAGCUGUUCCAGCUGACCCGGCUGGAAGACCAGUGCACAGAGUACAUGGCAAAGAUAACUGAAAAGCUGGUGGAGCUUGAGGAGGUUGCAGUGGCGGUGAAGGAGAAUGCCGGGGUGGAAGAACGGCAGGAGACAGACUCCAUUCCCCUUAUUGAUGACAUCCGUUUCCACAUAACCAGCAACGUGCAAACCUACAGUGCCAUUGAAGAAGCUAACCAGAAACUGGAAGCCCUGGAUAAUCUUUUGGCCACCAUCGGGCUUGAAUGUUAAUCUGGGCCAUCUCUUUGUGUGACUUCGUGGUGGAUCGACUCAGAGUUUCGUUCUCGAGAUUUCUCAUCCUUCCCUCUCCCCCUGUCCCUUGCGUGCAUGCAUGCACACCCUCCCCAUCCCAGAUUUGUAGCUCCAUCCUCUUCUGUGCAUGGCUUCUGUUUCUAAUUUACUGGCAUUCUAAAAGUUGCAUGCUGGCUCAUUUUCCCUUCUCCCAAGAAACAAAUCUCAUGGAACACUGAUUAGUGAUUAGCAAGCCCAGUUUAAUGGCAAAUUUAGUUCCUGCCAAAUGUUGCAGGCCCAGCAAUACCUGGUGAAAACUGUUGCUACCCACAGAGCUUUGACACAAUAGCUUUCUGCAAGGAAAUUAAAGCAAAUGAAAUACAAGGCAGUCAGGAAUAAAUCAGCCUAAAUUCAAGGAUAAGUAGGGGAACCAAAACUUUUACAGGAAUGUAGAGAGGUUGCCUUUGUGCUUGCUGCCACUUGUCAUGCAGUAAUGGUUGUUUCCCUCUCCGUCCUGCAUAUUUGCCUUCCAGAUUUGGGAAACAGGAGAAAGGAAGGACCUUGGCUUUCUAAUCCAGUUGUCUUAUUCUUUGGCAGACUUAUUUUUGUUUCCCAUUUCUGUUCUACCUUUCUGUUCCACCAAAUGGCAUGGUUUACCAUGGUUUGUCUUUUGUUAUUGGACGCAAACACACUCGGCCACCUUUACUAUUACUGCUUCUGCAGGAGAAACUCCAGUACAGAGGUCUGUCGGGAACUUCAGAUGUAGUUGUGUAUCUGUUCUGUUGGAAGCAUAGAAAUGGCAUUUUUUUUUAGAUUUCAUUGGACUGAAGACUUUAGAAAAUCCUUCAGGUCGUACCAAGAAGUGUUCCAGUCCUGGUACAGGUUGGUUGUAUGUGGUGUGCUUGGAGAAUACCCUGCUGAAGACCCAGCCUCAUUCCCCUUUUGUGAUAGAAAUGGAAGCUAGCAUUGUAUAGACACUGAUACUAUCUGUCUGGGGUGGGGCGGGACUUGAAAUCCCCUGGCUGUGCCUUGCUGCCUUUCGCAAGAGCAAUGCAUUGAAUUGCACAUUUACAUCAGGUCCUCUGUUUGGAUCUGUGCAUGUUGAAGGUUACAUAUAUGGGCCUCUGUGCAAAGGUAUGAUGUGGAUGUUAGGUCCAUAAAGGGGUGGAACCAUUUGACACAAUCUUAUGCACAAACAGGAUACUAAGAUCUGCAUAGGGCUGUUGACAGGUCUCUAACUGAUUGUGUCAGACUGAUAGGACUACAGAGAAUAGAGUCUGGGUCAAGUUGGACACAUGCAGUCUUCCAUGCUGUGUGAAUGAUACCUGAGGACGAGUGAAUAUCUGCAUGCUGAGUGGGACAGGUAUAUGAGUGCUCUCAACUAAUAUUAAUUACAAAGUCCCUCUUAUUUCCCCUGUGUUAUUAAUAUGCAUUAGCCUGUCACGAUGCUGAUAGUAGAGGAGGGUCUGCUGUGAGGGCUAACCUCUGAGUAACCAGAAUCUAGGAAGGCCAUGGUUAGCAAACACGUAGAAUGCACUAAUUUCAUUUGACUGCAUAGUGCCCAUUCCAGCCAGAUUCCAAACAUUUUUUUUCUUUCCCUCAGCUGAAGUCAGGAAAAUGUCUGCUUGUCACAAAGAAAGAUUAAGGUAUUUUUAGGAUGGCUGUCUUAAAAUUUUCUUAGUAAGCAAAACUUCGAUGCCUCUCUCUCUGGGGAGGAUAAGAAUUUUAAGGGGGGUGGGGAAGACCACGAGAAAUCCAAAACAAAGCCUAACGUGGGAACUUCAACUCUGGCCAAGAUCAUGCAUGAGCUUUGUACCUCAUUACCUGUCUAAAAUUAUGUUCUAAAGAUGCAGGUUUGACAGUGAGUAGAUGAAGACCAUUUAGGAUUAUCUUGAAUGAUGAUUGUACUGACUGUACAGUGGAGGUGUGGCUCUUGCAGACUGAUUAUCGGGUCCUCAUUAUUCCAGCUUUCCAAGCACUGAUAACAUAUAAGUCAGGUCAACAGUUUGUUGUUUCACCUCUGUGGUCAGGGCUGCGAUGAAGUGAGAAGCUUUUCUGUAUCUGUUGAUGUGACAACUUAUGCCAUCACUGAGGUAUGUUAGCAGAAUUGAAGUAUUGGCCUUAUUUUGGCUCUGUGUAAAGGCGUACUAUACUGUUCACAUUUAUGUGAUGUCUGUUCUAAUUAGACUCUUGUAAAGGGAUUGUGGCAAUUAAACACUCUGCGCUUGAGAAAGCACAGAACGUCCCAUAGUAAAGUUAGGUCUCUAAAUAAGUUUUCUCAAAGCCCACACAAAUCUGUACAACUCACUUUGAUUUCCGAAAGCACAACCUAAUUUGGAGCAGAAAACCAGGAGGCUUUAAGGGCCCAAGCAGCUUUUGACAAGUAAAGCCUUCACCUUAAGGGUGACUUGGAAUGUUGGUGGUUUUGUUCUUAUGUCUUAAGGGGAUUAUAUUUACUCAAAGAUACAUGGUGUGUGGGGGGUGGGAUUUAUGCAGAAAAGAGUAAACUAUUGGUCUGGUAAAGGUGCUGUCUUUUUUUCUUCGUUUUGUGAAAAGCAACCUUAAAAGUGAUUGGAAGAGUUUGGUGCUGGGAUUCUUGAAAUCAGGACUUGAAUAGGCAUAAGUCUCCAUUUGUAUGGCUUUUGUCACGGUAGCAACUUACAAACGUAUCUCUGUGAACAAAAGGAAACAUAUUACUGGAAUGAACUUGUAUCUUUCUCCUCCUGCUGCUCAUUGUUUCUGUUUUCUGGCCAUCUUUUCUGUUACCCAUUUGAGUCUUUUAGUGGCCAUCUGUUAUGUAUUUCCACUAGCAAAUGAUUGGGUGUAUAAUCUUCAGAGUUUCUACCUAUACUUAAUCAAUGGGGGCAAAAAGAAACUUGAGAAGCAUAGGGAAGGAAGCAUCCUAAUGUUUUCCCCUUCCAGGUUUCUAACAGAGUAAAAAAAUGGGUACAGCGAAAGGAAAAAAAGCAUAGUAUAGUGGAGGUUCUACCUCAGAAAUUACUUUUAGUUGUUGAGCCACUGAAAAUGAUGUUAGCUUCUGGUAUGUUAAAGGCAGUCUUUCUAUUUCUUCCUCAUUAGCACAGGUCUGCUCAGACAGAUAUGUUGGAUAGAUCCAGAACACACUGUCUUUCUGAGUGUGUUUAGUAUCUGUGUCUCUGGGCUCAGCUCCUUGGUGAAUUGUCAUGCUGCUCAAACAGUCUCUGGUAAAGUUUAGCUUCUUGCAAAUUUGGUGAAGGAGAAAAAUCGGGCACACAACAUACAGUGAAAAAUCACCAACAAAAUACAAAAGAGAAGAAAUUAACGACUUUCCUAAUAAUUAUUGAAUGUUCUUCUCGGCGAUCAGUAUAGUUGUAUUACAAGGCAACGGAAAAUUAUUUUUGUCUUACUGUUUAUGGCCCAAUUUUGUUUACAUUGACUCAGCCCUCUCUAUGAUCUUUGUUUAAAAAUAAAGAGAAUGUAAAGCCUUUCUGAACAGCAAUAUAAUAUAUUUAAAAGCUUAAUAUAUAAGCAUGUG